AUGGGGAACCGCGUGUUCUGCAGUGAUGCAGUUUGCCCAAAGUCAAGCUUGCAUCCUGGCGUCGAGAGUGAGCUCUUCGAUGACAGCUCCACGUGCGAUCCUGCAGGGGCGGUAUUCACUGAGACCCUGGAGGAGCUGAACGAGAUCGACCGCUUUCUUCUUCUGUUCUCAAGCACUCGCAACUUGGCUGGUGUCAGGUGGUUAUGUCUACUAGGGGCCAACCCAGACUCCUGUGACACCAACGGCACCACCUGCUUGCAUGCAGCUUGCCGAAGUGGGGCAGUCUCAGUGGUCAAGGAGCUGCUCGACCAGAGAAAGCAGUCGAUUGAUGCCACGGAUGCCUCUGGCUGGUCACCUUUACACGUUGCAGUUUUCAUGGGCAGACGCCAAGUCUGCGUCUUGCUGUUGCAGCAAGGGGCGGAUCCUUUGCUGCGCACGCAUCGCGGCCAGACCCCCAUAGAGCUGGGCAGCGAUGUUUGGCUGCGAGAGGCCAUGCAGAGCUACUCAGAGCACCAAAGCCAGCACUCAAAGAAGCCCUGGCGGCCACCACAGUCCUUGCAAUCAGGGCUCCAGGACGUGCAAGUCUCGUCCCGCCUAAGAUUUGAGCCUUUCUUCGUGCCGCGCACGCCAGUUUUCAAAGACGUGGCUUCCAGCGACUUGCAGAGACUGGGGAAAGAAAUCUUCAACGCCAGGCCGGGACAAGGCCUUGCAUUCGUUGUGGCAACUGGCUGCAUACGCGACUUUCCUGUGGAGCUAAGUGCAUUCUUGGCACAGCCGGGGGUUUGUACGGAGCAAGUUGGGCAGUUCUUGGGUGAGGACUUCUCCCUCUCUCAAACUCUUCGGCUGGAGUUCAUCAACUCCCUACGGCUCCUGGGAACCGGCGUGGUGUCUUGCUUGGCCAAGGUGUUCAGGGCUUUCGUGAUGCCAAGCGAGCUGCUGAAGAUCGACCGCCUGGUGGACGGCGUUGCUCAGAUCUGGUGGCGGCAGCACGAGCAACUAGCAAAGAAAGAUGCAGUUGAGACCGUGCACUCGCGGGUCACAGAGGAUGGUGCAGAAGUUCAGGGUCUCGAACUGAUGCGGGCGGUUGGCUCCUACGACGUGCUUCACCAGCUGAUGUUCGCAGCAGUGCUGCUGCAUUGGAACCUCUAUGCCCCCCUGCCACCUUCACAGCGCAUCACCACGGAUCAGUGGUUGCAGAUAGGCUCCGGCAUCUUACCCCAGCCCGAGGAAGAAGUGAAGGGAGGGUCGGACAAGCUGUCAGCUACGAAGCGGAUUCAGAGCCAGAUCUACAAUGUCAUCGCACACAACUUCUACCCGCAGCUGGAGAUGUGGAAAGUCCGCGUGCCUCCAGCAGUGCCAGAGGCUACCCCGACCUCAGCAGCACAGCUGGAGGGCUUCGCCCGUCUUGUGGCUGGGGGCUUCCCCUCGCUAGCGCUGGCUGGUGCUCACAGGGUGGUGUCCUACCGCCAUAUUCGGAGCAUCCACAGCGAGAGCACUUCCAUGCCGCUCCCUGCGGUGCAGAGCCCAGUGGCAAGUCGUGUGCAGAGUCGCGAUGAAGGCGCUGUGCUCACAACAUCCAAGUCGGCACCCCCUGGGUUCCGUGGGCUGCGGAGCGCGUUUGCGGGCGACGAGGAGACUCCGCGAGGCUAUCAAGAGUCGCCUAUCACCGUAGAUCCUGGCUUCGGAAGUCUCGACAAGGCCUUCCUGGCAUUGCACGAGUCGUUCCUCUUUCUCUCUGCUUCCCCUCGGCCCUGGGCACCGUAA